AUGGCUCAAGCGACUUCCGUCGCGAGGCUGAACGUCGCCUGCGCUGCACCAGCAAAUUCCAGCGCUGCUGCCAGGCCGCAGCGACAAGAGGCCGCGUCGCUCGUGGCAUCAUGGAGGAAGGCGCGCGUCGCCAGACCGGUGGUGCUCCGUGCCAGCGCGCAGGUGCAGGCCGCUCCCCGCGUGUCUGCACGCUCCGUAGCGGUGAAGGCAUCAGCAGGCUCUGCUGACGAGGCGGGCGUCAAGUACCACUUUGUCGUGGCGAACGCGACGUUCAUGCUGGACGAGGAGGAGCACUUCCAGGAGCAGCUCAAGGAGCGGCUACGGUGGCUGGAGGAGAAAGGCACGGAGCAGAACUUCUGGCUCGUCUUCGAGCCCAAGUUCCUCGACGAGUUCCCCGAGAUCGCCAAGCGCGUCAAGAGACCCGCCGUUGCUCUCGUCUCCACUGACGCUACCUGGAUCACGUUCAUGAAGCUGCGUCUGGACCGCGUACUUAAGGGCGAGUUCGAGGCGAGCUCACAGGAUGACGCAUUGGAGGGCAAGCCCUUUGACAUCUCCUUUCCCAAGCCCGCCAACUGGGUCGCGCCCUACCCUAAAUACGAGCCCACCUGGUGGAAGCCCUAUGCCCCAGCCAAAUUUUCCGCUCAACCUGCUGCACGAAAUGCCACAUGGCUCAAUCCUGUGUGGGUUCGCUGCAAUCUGGACGGCAAGGACGGCAAUUUUAGCAAGUCCAACGGCUCAGAUGCUUCAGGUGACGUAUCCGAGUUCCAGUCCCUCACACCUGACGUCAGACCUAAGGGCUCCAUCCCGAUUAACUCAUCUCCCACCCGUCGCGGCGCCAUCACGCUCAUAGUAGCCACUAGCGCCGCACUUGGCGCCGCAGGACUCGGUCUGGGCUCUUACAUGUUCUCUAGCCCCUCCGAUCUUGCCGAUUCCGUCAACAUAACCGGCCCCAGCAGCACCAUCGACCCGGCGUCGCUCUCUCCGAAGCAGCGGAUCGCGCUGCGAGUAGGAAACGUGUCGCACACGGAGGCGGAGUGGCGGGAAGUCCUCUCGCCUGGUGAAUAUUACGUCCUUAGGGAGGCCGGCACGGAGCGCUCUUUUACCAGUGACCUGCUGUACGAGAAACGUCCCGGAACCUUCGUCUGCAGGGGAUGCGGGUCGCCCCUCUUCAACUCGGAAACCAAAUUCGAGAGCGGCACGGGCUGGCCGAGUUUUUUCGACGUGCUGCCCGGAGCUGUGGAUCUGCUCCCUGAUAGGUCGUUUUUGGGGUUUGACCGGACCGAAGUGCGGUGUUCCCAGUGCCAGGGGCAUCUAGGGCAUGUGUUUGAGGAUGGGCCGGCGCCUACUGGUCUCCGUUACUGCAUGAACGGCCUUGCUCUUGGGUUUCAGGCCAAGGAUAAUGGCAGUGUUGCGUAG